CGACGCCGACAUCAUAGACACCCGGAUGAAGAUGCAGGGCGACAGCCACUCGGAGCUCGAUUCUGCCGGUCCACGGCCCUUGGCCAAUGUCGACCGCCCACCACUGCCACCAGCCCACCAAACACCCAUCAACACCCAGUCAGAUGCUCCCACCACAUGCACGCCGGAGUUAGCAGCUUCUCCAUCUGAGUCCUUCGUCCGUUCUCGUGCAGACCCGGGUAUGACAAGGUUGGAAUCCUCAAAAUUCGCUCCUGUGAUUGUUUGCCAAUACGGGGGAAGAGUCGACCAGCACGAGUAACUCCCUCGAGCGUUAAUCUCGGUGCCUGGCGCUCGUCAUCUCCUGCAGGAACCAUCAUGCGCGCUUCCUGACUCGAAACGGCGUUCCCGACCUAGCCUCGUCAUUCCCGUCAAACCACCCUGCACGCGACAGUGACAGUGCGCAACAUCACUUUACCUGAGGCUUGAUGGUGUAGCAGUGGAUGAGAGAACAGCACGCACAGCUCCUCACCUUCCUCCAUGGCACUGCAGUAAUCCACGCCGAAGAACCUCCUCCCCUACCCACCACCGACGUCCUCGAGGAUGGCCUCCCCCGAGUCUCGCCUCAAUCAAAUAGUCAAAGGCGCACCUACAGCGAACAUCCAACCACUGCCCUCUGCUCCACUCCAUUCUCUAGGAAAACAAUCCUCCGAGCCAGCCACCCUCGAUCCUCUUCUGGCUACCUUACCUUCCUCCCCUCCUCAAAUCUACUUGAACCUCCUCAUUCUUGAAUCGUCCCUGCGCGCACAGUAUCUGCACCUCGUCUCCCGCCGCCGGCUGAACACCUUCUUCUUGCUGCUGCUGGCCGCUUGGAACUGCUUAUUCUUCUACGCCCUCUUCCUGCGGCCUCGAGAAGAUGGCACCGGUCUGGGUGGCUCCGUGUACUGGGUCGUCGAAACGUCGGAGAAACUGGCGUUGAUGGGUGGUAUUGUCACUGUACUUCUCGUCUGGGGCACGGGACAAUGGGAAAGAGGCAUUCGCUGGCCGAGAAAAUGGCUGGGGACAACAAACAGGGGUCUGAGGGGUUUCAACCUGCGCGUGGUCAGAAUCCGGGGAAAGUUUUGGCGCGAGAUGCUCGGCCACCUCUCAUUCUUAUUACCCUUCGGUCUUUGGCGCGAAGCGGGAGGCUCAGAUUGGCACCUCGUCGAGCACGAAACCGGGCUCGUGAUCGAGGAGGAUCUGGCAAAAGGAGGGGACGCCAUCAUGCUUCUCUUGCUCCCGAAGUCCUUCUCCCCCGAGUUUAGGGAGAACUGGGAAGAAUACCGCACAGAGUAUUGGGAAAAGGAGAACGAACGUCGGGCAGGAUUGAGGAGGAAACUAAAUGCGCUCAGGAGAGCAAAGGCGAAGGAAGCGGGAGGGUGGAAAUGGUGGACAGGUGCUUGGCGACUACAAUCGUCCAGACACCAUGGCCAGAGACGGCAUCAUGAUCUGGAGAAACAUCCUCACUUACAACAUACGCAGGGGACGAGCUCGCAUCGCGCAAGUCUUUCAGAAAGGGACGCUACCGGGCAUGCUCGAGCAUUGAGCGGGACGGCCAGCAAAAGAAGAAGUAUCAACCUCGACUCGGACUCCACGCAUAGCCGAAGUAGACAAUCGUCACGCUCUUCCACACCGCAUCUUGAAUUUGACGUGGCCACUGAACGGCCUCUCUCAGAAAGAAUGAGGAGAGGAAGCUCGGUUAGUAGCACGGCCAGUGUCCGAAGGAAACCGCCCAAGGACGGGCGCAGAGACAAGGACGGGAACAGAGAACGCGGAGGCGACGGCACCCCGCUUGGCACGCCCCUUCUGAGCCCUUUGACCAGCGCCAGUGGAGAAGACGACCGGGAAGAACGAAGGCGCCGAAGGAAGGAGAGAGAAGCUGCUCGCAAACAGAAAGAAGAGAUAGAAAGGGAGAGGGAAAGAGGGCAAGAACACAUCAAGGAGGAAGACUCGCAGCAGAGGAAGAGCAAAAUCAAGCAGGAACCGGCGGUCAAGCAAGAGUUCAAAACCGAGGACGGCAGUGGCAGUGGCAGUGGUAAUGGGAACGGGAAAGGCUACGACGCCGGCGAGAGCAGCGUUCCCACCACCCCAAAGAGCGAGCACGGGUUUUCUCUUGACGUGGCGACUACUGCAGCCACGGAGGGAGACACCAUGAUCAAGGCGGAGCCAGACGUGGCUUGAAAAUCAAGCCAGGGAUAUGGCGAUUGAUUCUCAGCUUGAUGUACUGCUCAACAUAGAAACACUCCUAGCUCGUGUCGCCUCCUAUGAAUGAGACGUGAUCAAGCCCGCCAUGGUCAGAACUGUAAGAAACGCUGUAAAUGGUUGUCGUCUACAUCUAGUCGGUGUCAAACCCCCUCAACACCGCGAGUUCUACUACCAAAACCACGAUGUCUAACGAUAGUGGCAAUCCAAAAGGCGCUCCAUCGCCAUCAUAUCCAACCCUCCAUGCAAAAAUGCAAAUGCAGCC